CAAUUCAUCAAGCGUUAGAGGAUCUUUGGAACUUGGGUACUCAGUGAGAAACAAUGGCUACAGCAGGUCUGCAGGUUUUAGGGUUGGCGCUGGCUCUCCUUGGUUUGCUUGGCGAUAUCGUUAUCUGCGCUCUGCCUAUGUGGAAAGUGACGGCCUUCAUCGGGCAGAACAUCGUGACCGCGCAGACCUUCUGGGAGGGCUUGUGGAUGAACUGUGUGAUGCAGAGCACAGGACAAAUGCAAUGCAAGGUUUAUGACUCCAUGCUGGCUUUGCCCACGGACCUGCAGGCCGCACGUGCGCUCGUCGUUAUCUCCAUCCUCCUGACGCUGUUCGGGCUGCUGCUUGCGGUCGCUGGGGGGAAGUGCACGAACUGCAUCCAGGACGAACCGACCAAGGCGCGGGUGUCUGUGGCUGCCGGCGUGUUCUUCCUGGCUAGUGGUGUUCUGUGCUUGAUUCCUGUGUGCUGGUCUGCUCAUACGGUCAUCAUGGACUUCUAUAACCCUAUGCUGGCGGACGCACAGAAGCGCGAGCUCGGCGCGUCCCUGUUCAUCGGCUGGGGCGCCGCUGCUUUGCUGCUGCUCGGAGGCGCGCUCUUCUGCUGCCAGUGUCCCAAGAAUGAAUACCGAGGUUAUUCAGCCAAAUACACUGCGCCAAGGCCAAAUGCUCCUAGUGCUGGCGGCAACUAUGUGUAGAGAAGCUUUACUGUGGCUGGACUGUUAAUGUGUCUUAACUAACUAAUGUUUUUAUUUAACUUUUUACUUAAUAAAAGCUAAUGGUUUUAUGCA